AUGAGAGACGUCUAUCGUGUUCUGCUUGCCCCCAACUACCUAUUUGGGGCUGUUGUGGUGGUGGGACUGCUUUAUGUGCCCGGUCCGUGGUAUACCAAAUGGACUUCCCUCAUAAUAAAAUAUCACUGGUUGCAGGGCAACCGAGCACGGUAUCAGCAUGAGCUACAUCUCAAAUAUGGUCCUCUUGUCCGCCUCACCCCCAACGAAGUAUCCGUCACCAACAUCGAAGCUGUCAAGAAAAUCUACAAUGCUCGAGAGACGUACCGCAAGACAUCCUGGUAUGGCGACUUAUCUGUCACAACGGAAAACCUCUUCAACACCACUCGUGUCGAGGUACAUCGCAGGCUACGAAGGCUUCUCUCAGGCGCAAUGUCCGAAACGUCACUACAGAUUGCUAUUCCCCAAGUGCAGUCCAAAGUUGACCUUGCGAUACAAAGAAUGGGCGAAGAAAUGGAGAGAAGAGGCGCUGCAGAUGUCAUCAAAUGGUUCCUCUUCAUGGCGACAGACAUUAUCGGAGAGCUCUCCUUUGGUGACUCUUUCAGGACCUUGGAGAUUGGCGAGAAGAGUGGCUACACAAAGGACUUGGAGAAUCUGGGAUUCCUUGGAGCCGUCCGCUCGGCUUUCCCGACAUUCAUUUCAAUGGCGAAAUACCUUCCCAUUCCGUUCUUCACACGCCCACUCCAGGCAACGCGGAACAUGAUUCGUUACUCGGAAGAGUCCAUUGCGCGUUAUAGGAACCUUCUAGACUCUGACCCUACGAGUGUCAAAUGGACCCUGUUCACCAAAGUCUUCAAAGACACGGACAAAGACGCUCUUACGCCAGUGGAGCUCAGGGCCAACGCAUCAGGAUACAUUGUUGCCGGCAGCGACUCCACAGCCGUCACACUCACAUACCUUGUCUGGUCCGUUUGUCGCAAUCCAGCAGUGAGGGUAGCUCUUCUGAAAGAGCUGCGAACUCUCCCAGACGACUUUAAUGCUUCUCACCUGCGUGACUUGAGUUACUUGAACCAGGUGAUUGACGAGACACUGCGUUUGUACUCUGGCAUUCAAUCCUCUCUGCCGCGAUAUGUUCCCGAGGGCGGUGACGAUGUUGCAGGAUACUGGCUGCCUGGGGGCACGAGCAUCUGCGCACAGGCAUACAGCAUGCACCGCAUUCCCAGCGUGUUUCCGGAUCCGGAUGUCUUUGACCCUUCACGAUGGGCAUCGCCAACAAGAGAGAUGAAAGAUUCUUUUAUGCCUUUCGGCAAUGGAUCGCGAAUUUGCAUCGGAUUGCAUCUUGCCCGGAUUGAGCUGCGUUAUGCGACCGCCCGCUUCUUCUUGACAUUUCCAGAGGCUAAAGUGUCGACGCUAGAAGGAUUUUGCGAUGAGGAUAUGGUUCCCAAGGUGUUCUUCUUUGAAGAGCCAAAGACUAAGCGAUGUCUCAUUCAGAGGUGUUGA